AAGAAAGAAAGAAAGAGAAAGAGAAAGGAAACCCAAAGAGACAAAGGUUCUCAAAACUCCAUGAUUAAUUCAAAAUUCUCUCAAAAACAGGACCUAGUUUUUUUUUUUUUUUUUUUUCAUCCUCACCCCACAUCUCUCUUACUACUUAAUCUAGAGUAAGAAGACCUCUUAAAGGUUCUACAAAGAGUUGUUUUGUUAACAACUUACAAAGCCAAGAAAAAAAAAUAGUGAAGAAAGAAAAGCUAAAGGAAAGGAUAUAGGCAUAGUUAGAAGAUCAUUUUCAGUUGAAAUUUAUAUAUAAUAUAUUAUGAAUAGAGCUGGUGUGUUGCAACAAAGCUCGCCGGUGCAACAAAUGAUGGCGGCCGGAAACCCUAACUGGUGGAACUACAACACUAUGAGGCCACCAACUCAGCCAGUAGUAUUACCUUCUCCUAAUAAUUUCUUGUACCCUCAAUUUAUUCCCACUUCUACAACUACUACCACUACUACCACUACUUCUAAUAAUUCUUCCUCAUCUAAUAAUUCUUCUUCUAAUUCUUCUCAUCAUCAUCAUCAUCAACAUCUUGAUCAUCAGCUUCCUAAUAAUAAUAAUAUGCCUUCUUGGCAAGAUCAUAAUAACCAACAAGACCAGCUUCCCGAGUCUUGGAGCCAACUCCUCCUGGGAGGAUUGGUUGGUGAAGAGGAAAAGGCUAUUAAUAUGAUGAACCAUUUUCAAGUGAAGAAGUUGGAGAAUUGGGAAGAUCAUAAUCAUCAUCAGAUGCAGCUGAGUACUAAUAACAGUAAUCAUCAGCAGGGUUCUAAUAAUAUAGAAGUGAAACAAGAGAGCAACACAGCAGCAGCAGCUUAUAUGUACGGACAUGAAACUCAAGAGUAUCAUCAUCAUCUUCUUCAUGAACAGGUCAAUAAGCUUGGUAGUUGUAGUACUACUACUACUCCUUGGUUGUUAUCUUCUCAACACCCAUUAGUAAUGGCAAAUAAUAAUAAUAACAACAACAACAGUAAUUCCUCUCCCAAAUCAUCAUCCUGUGUAACAAGUUUCAGUAGUAACAUGUUGGAUUUCUCUAACAUCAAACCUCAUCAUGAUCCUGCUAAUACUACUACUACUACUACCCAUACACCAUUUCUUCAGGAUCGAUCCUCUGAGUGUAACAGCACUGCUACUGGAGGAGCGCCACUCAAGAAAGCUAGGGUUCAACCUUCUUCAACCCAAACUACUUUUAAGGUGAGGAAGGAAAAAUUAGGUGACAGAAUUACUGCUCUUCACCAAUUAGUUUCUCCAUUUGGAAAGACUGACACAGCCUCUGUCUUGUUAGAAGCUAUUGGGUACAUCAGAUUCCUUCAGAGUCAAAUUGAGGCUCUCAGCUUACCUUACUUGGGCAGUGGAUCUGGAAACAUGCGACAACAACAGUCUGUUCAUGGGGAGAGGAAUUGCAUGUUCCCUGAAGAUCCUGGUCAGCUAUUGAAUGAUAAUUGCAUGAAAAGGAAAGGGGCUCCUGAUCAACAGGAUUGUGUUGAGGAGCCAAAGAAAGAUCUGAAGAGUAGGGGGCUGUGUUUGGUGCCUGUUUCAUGCACAUUGCAAGUUGGGAGUGACAACGGAGCAGAUUAUUGGGCUCCGGCUCUCGGUGGAGGAGGCGGCUGCGGUUUCCGGUAAACAAUAAAGAAGUUGGUCUGAAAAUGGUGGCAGCACACAAAGAGAGUUUUGUUGGAGAACGAUAUAACAUCAUGAGCAGUCACUCUGCUAAAAAAUCUAAGGCUGAUUGCUCAUGAUGCUAUACAAUCUUCAACCCUGUUUGUGUUGUUUGCAUUAAGCUACUUAUUAAUUAAUUAGCUAGUUUUCAAUUUGGGGGGAUUUGCAAGUAUCCUUAAGAAAAAAAAAAAACUCCCUCAGCUCAUAUCUAAGUCUUUUUAAUUAAAUUUGUGUAUCUUUCUUGAUAUUUCUUUAAUUAGCUGCUAUGUACUAUAUAUGUACGUACGUACGUACAAUAUUGCUGUUAUUGUACAUGCAUGCAUGCAGUUUUAGAAAUGUGCUAAUUAUCAUUUCAUAA